CAUUUAUCUGUGGUUGACACGUUGAUAUGUCAUCGUUCGAAAAUUUGCUGUACGAUUUUUUUGUAUAUUUUAUAAGUUUCAAUUUUUUCGAUUCAGUUUACAAAUGUUUUGCUAUUGUAACAUUUCAUGAUAGUAUUGUUUAACGUAUUAUUAUUCAUUAUAGUCCUUUUUGGACUUAUCCUUUUAUACAUUGUAAUUUAUAGCUGCAAAAUAUUUUACAAAAUGGAGCCCGAAGUUGCAAAAUAUAUGAGGACCGAACGAAAACCAGGUUCUCUUGAUGUCCAUCCAACUAUGGAUGCUAUGAUUCUGAGCUAUGAAAUUGAGGUGCAAAUUCUUGGAGCAAAAGAAAAUAUAAUACAUGGAGAAAAAAAAAGUCUUAAAAAAAUAAUUGAACUGCCCUUACACAGCCGAUCAGACUGCCAUGCAUUAGCAAGAGAAGUAAUAAACCAGUGUGAUAUAAUCCAUCACUCACGAUUGGCUGAAGUGGAACAAAUAAUUUACUAUUUAAAGAAAAGAAAGUUGCAUGGAGGUCUUAAAGGACCCUCAAAAAUUGAAGCUAUAAAGGGAUCAUUUAUACCAAUACUCAUAACAGGUGAUGGUGAUAAAGCCAUUGAUAAAGGCAGUCACCAUGAAGCUAACUACAAUAACUUAUCAGAUUAUAUAGAUCUCCUUUAUGAAGGUAUGGCAGAGAAAAUUAAGGGAGCGCAUUCCAUACAGUUUCUCGCGAGAGUUCCGGAGAAUCUGGAAGCUCUGUCUAAAAAUGAAACAUUAAUCAGUGCUCUGGGAAGGGUGUUACGUGAAGAUUGGAAACGGAGUAUUUCAUUAAGUACUCAUCUUGUCUUCACAUUUUUUUGUUUCUCAGUGUAUUCAUGUUUCCACGAAGUCAUUUUAAAAUGCAAGGUUGGGUCUAUAUGUAUGGAUAUAAUUGACCACGAAUUAAGGCGGUAUGAUAAAUGGAAAGCUGAGCUUGAAGGGUCAGAGGCCCCUUCAGAUAUUCCUAUAGUAAAAAAACCCUGUCCAAGUAGUGCGAGUAUGUCGGAAAUUCCGCGUAGUAGAAUACCUGAACCAGUUCGUCCAAAGUCAGGCAAUUUCAGUGACACCAACAUAAAAGCUGCACUAGAGGGUAGCAUUUACGAUGAUCUAACAACGUCGAUGGAAAGUAUUGACGACAAGAGGCUUACUACUGAACAAAAGGUAAAACGAUUUCGAACUCUGGUCAGAAAACAAGAACAUUUAUUAAGAGUUGCAUACUAUUUGUUAUUAAACAUAGCAGAAGAUGAAACCGUUGAAGAAAAAAUGUCAAAGAGAAACAUAGUGGGAUUGUUAGUAAAGGCUUUAGAUAGAGACAAUGACGAUUUGUUAAUUCUAGUCGUUACUUUUCUAAAGAAAUUAUCAAUAAUGCAGUGCAAUAAAGAUGCCAUGGCGAGCUACAAUAUAGUCGACAAGUUACCAAAGACAUUAGAAUCAAACAGUGUCGAUUUAGUUCAUUUAACUUUAAAAUUACUCUUUAAUCUAUCUUUCGAUGGAAAAUUAAGGAAUCAGAUAGUUGACACUGGAUUGUUGCCCAGGAUUGUUAGUUUGAUGGGCGAUGAUAGACACCAAGAGAUUGUGUUAAAACUGUUAUAUCAUCUGAGUUAUGAUGAUGACACCAAGGAUCACUUUAUAGACUGUUUUGGUUUGAUUAUUGACAUGCUGUUGCUUAAUGUUGCUAACGAAAGUGACAAAACCAUGAUCGCUUUGUGUGUAAAUUUAGCUAGCCACCCACCGAUAGCUCAGCAAAUGGUAAAAAAUAAUAGAAUGCAAUCAUUAGUGAUGAGGGGGUUUACUUAUCAAGAUGGUCUGAUAAUGAAAAUGCUUCGUAAUAUUUCAGAUUGCGUUUGUACUGCAGCAUCCUUCAUUGAGUUUGUCGGUGAUAUCGCCAAAGCUGUUGUUGAAUCCAAAGACCCUGAUUUUGUGAGAGAGUGUAUUGGAAUUUUGGGGAAUUUACAUCUUCCUGAUCUCGAUUGGGCGGAGAUUUUCAAACACUUUGAUAUGACCAGCUGGAUUAAAGAUAUGUUAAGCACGAACAGUACAGAUCCAGAAUUAAUAUUACAUGUUAUAAUCUUCUUGGGAACUACUUCUGCAGACGAAGGUUGUGCUAAGUUGAUUUGCGAAUCUGGCAUUGUAAAUGUUUUGAUAGAUCUACUGAAGGUUCAUCAGGAAGACGACGAAAUAGUGCUUCAGAUAGUUUACGUGUUUCACGUUAUCUUGUGGCAUGAGUGUAAUAUAGAACACCUUAGUGAAAAGACAGAUGCCCCCGCUUACCUAAUAGAUCUUCUUCAAGACAAUAAUAAAGCGAUCCGGAAAAUUUGCAAUAUGUGCCUCAAUACGAUUUCAGAACACAAUAAAGUAUGGGCCGAUAGGAUUCGUAUAGAAAAGUUUAGACAGCACAACGCUCAGUGGCUGCAGAUGGUUGAUUCCCAGCAACUUGAACCAGAAGAUGAAGAUGAAGACGAACUGCCGCCAUAUUUGAAUACAGAAUAUUUAAGUACCGCAGUAGUACCACCACUAUCAGAUUUGAAUGAAAUGCAGGAUGACGAUAUAUUGGCCGAAAAAGAUUUAGAAUAUGAUUAUCUAACUAAUGGUCACGAUGACAACGACACCCAGAUCUUGGAUGACUACGAUGGCGAAGGAAUUUGAAAACAUUAACAUUUUAUGUGUACACUUUAUCAGUAUUUACGCAUUCUAGUCCACUUCGUGAGUUUUAUUUAUUUAUAGAGGGUGAUUUUUUGCUUUGAAAUAUACUCACAUGUUU